AUGGGGUCUAUACAGGUCGAGGAGUUCCUCGAUCAGGGUCAGCCUAAUGGCGACAGCUCCAGGUCUCUCAAAAUUGUCGGUCUGACGCCAGACCGGCCCACUGCGACUGGUUUGAGAGAAGAAAUCAUCCUUUUAUCCUGGUACAUUGCGCUCCUUCGGACUAGCGAGGGCAGCCAAAUCAGCUAUGAAUGGGCGUACGGAAGUCGCGGUGGUGGCCGCCCAACAGAGCUCGUGAAGAGACGCCUGGCGAUAGACGAGCUGAAGAUAGGCCUACAGAGCAGCAUCGGAGAAGCUGCAAUCGCGAUUUCUAGUCAUCUCGCGACAAUCACGUCACGCGAGCAUGAAUAUACUGGUCCCGCCUCUCUCCUUCUGAGCACCAGCUCCCUAUCACAAACGUUUGAGUCUAAAGAUGAGGAUGCACUUCGUUUGGAAGUAUGCUUCGAAUAUGGGCGCCUCGAGAUCCAUCCGAUUUGGCAUAGUGAUAACAUGCUACCCUACACAAUCACCCGAUAUAUCGAGACAUUCGCCGACGUCGUAAAAUUGUGCCUUGCGAACCCCCACGCACUGGUUCGAGAUUUCUACCUCCGCCCUACCGAUUACGACCUGGAUAGCAUAUGGAGCUGGAAUCAUAUUCUGCCUCCGACCUACCAGUUUUGCAUGCAUGAAUUGGUAUCAGAGAAGGCUCGCGAAUUCCCCGAUAAAGAGGCGAUCUGUUCCUGGGACGGCAGCUUGACAUAUGGGCAGAUCGAUCUGUAUUCCUCAUUUGUGGCAUUCUCACUGAGGGAGCUGGGUGUCAGGCUACAUGACGUACUCCCCGUGUGUUUUGAGAAAUCGAGGUGGACGAUUGUCGCAGUGCUUGGAGUGAUGAAAUCAGGAGCGACUUUCGUGCUCAUGGACCCAACACUUCCUCUUGCGCGACUUCAGAACAUCGCGCAGCAAGUGGGUGCGAAGAUGAUGCUCUCAUCGAGCCAGCAGCAAGAUCUCGCGACAUUGAUCAUGCCGAACAGUGAACCUUUUGUUGUAUGGGAAGACACAUUUGCCGAGCCUUCAAACCUGGAAAAUAUUCCAGAGUUAAGCCCCGUGCCUUCAUCCGCCCUAAUGUACAUGAUCUUCACAUCCGGCAGCACGGGAACUCCGAAAGGAGUAAAGUUAUCUCAUGAAACAUAUACGAGCAGUGCUAUUCCUCGAGCCCAGGAGGUGGGCUAUACAAAGGAAUCGAGAGUGCUUGAUUUUGCGUCCUAUGCUUUCGACGUCAGCAUCGAUAGUAUGCUUCUAACUCUUGGAAACGGCGGAUGUCUUUGUAUUCCAUCAGAUGAGGACCGAGUGAACGACAUUAACGGUGUAAUCCGCAACAUGCGUGUCAACUAUGCAGGUCUCACCCCGUCUGUGGCACGGAUAUUAGACACAGAUGUCAUUGAGUCACUCGAGGGUCUCGGGCUCGGGGGAGAAGCUGUCUCUGCCAGAGACUGCACGGUCUGGGGCAAACUUGCCAGGAUUAUUAUUGGUUACGGCCCCUGCGAGUGCACGAUCGGAUGCACAGUGAACGGAAACUCUGCAACCGGUAGAGACUACAUCUCCAUUGGAAAAGGCAAUGGGGCGGUCAUGUGGAUCACCGACCCCAACGAUCACGAGCUGCUCGUGCCAGUUGGCGCUGUGGGUGAAUUACUUGUCGAAGGUCCGAUCGUUGGACAAGGCUACUUGAAUGACCCCGAGAAGACCGCGGCCGCUUUCAUUGGAGAUCCGGCUUGGUUAGUCGCUGGCCACAAGGGUUACCGGGGCCGUCGUGGGCGUCUUUACAAGACAGGAGACCUCGGAAAAUAUGACCCUGACGGCUCUGGUGGCAUUGUCUUUGCUGGGCGGAAAGACACACAGGUCAAGCUACGCGGGCAGCGUGUUGAGCUUGGUGAAAUCGAAAGUCAACUUAGGGACAGGCUGCCUUCAGAGCUCAGCAUCGUUGCCGAAGUCAUUGUGUCCCAUGGCCAACCAACUUUGGUAGCAUUCGUGUCAGUUCAACCUCCAAAGAAACAAGAUAAUGCCGAGAUACAGUCGGCAGAGCUUUCUGAGGAAUUGAACAAAACAAUAUCCGAAGCCGACAAAGAUGUGGCGAAAGUCUUGCCGCGUUACAUGAUCCCAACCGCAUAUAUACCUAUCAACUACAUGCCUGUCCUAAUCUCAGGCAAGACUGACCGCAAACGGCUCAGAGAAUUCGGAACAAAUGUGGACUUGAGACAGUUGGAUCAAGGCGGCGCGAGCAGUAGCAACCAAACAGGAGAGCUGAGUGAACUUGAGCAACGCCUACGACUGGCAUGGGCUGAGACAUUGAAGCGCGACCCAGAAACCAUUCGAGCAGACGACAACUUCUUCGCACUAGGUGGCGACUCUGUCUCGGCUAUGAAACUUGUAUCUAUCUCUCGCGCGCAUGGUCUUGAGCUCACCGUCGGCCAUACUUUUGGCAGCCCUGUGCUAGCAGAUAUGGCAGCCGUUGUCACCAUCUGCGACUCACAAGCACGAAAGGAAACACCUGCGUUUUCAUUGUUAUCACAGGCUGUCGAUAGCGCCACUCUCGAGGCAGCACAAGCAUGUGGGCUAGAGCCGUCAGCGGUUGAAGAUAUCUAUCCUUGCACACCCACACAGGAAUCACUCUUCACUUUCUCUCUCAAAGCAGUCGUAGCUUACGUCGCCCAGAGAGUCGCUACAAUCCCAUCACAUAUCGAUCUUGACUCUUGGAAAAAGGCCUGGGAAGAUGUUGUCGCAGUAAGCCCAAUCUUGCGCACUCGUGUGGCUCAAAUUUCAGAACCCGGUCUCCAACAAGUCGUGCUCAAAGAGAACAUCUCCUGGAAACAUUCAACCGACUUAGCUCAAUAUCUCAAGGACGACAAGGAUGAGAAAAUGGAACUCGGUCAAAGUCUAGCCCGAUAUGCCAUUGUUGAAAGCCCAGAUGACGGCAAGAGAUACAUGGUCUGGACGAUCCACCACGUAGUCUACGACGGGUGGUCCGAGCCGAUUGUGCUUCAACAAGUCAGCAACGCUUUACAAAAGCAACCUAUUGAGAUUCAAUCCCAGAUGAGAGAAUUCGUCAAGUAUGUGCGCGAGACGGAUGAAUCUGCAAUGGAAGAAUUCUGGAAGCGCGAAUUACGAGGCGCCGUCGGACCUCAAUUCCCCCGUCUGCCUUCUCGCGACUUCCUGCCCACUCCGGACGGAAUGGUUGAACGCCACAUCAGCCUUGAAAUUGGUGCUGGAUCACCUUUUACGAUGGCAACGCUGAUUCGGGGCGCUUGGUCACUCGUGGCAUCACAAUACACCGGGAGUGAUGAUAUUGUGUUCGGUGAGACCCUUAUGGGUCGUGAUAUCGCUUUACCUGGAGUCGAAGGCAUUAUAGGUCCCUUGAUCGCUACUGUACCCGUCCGGGUACAUGUCCACCGAACAAGCUCUGUUGAAGCUUAUCUUCAGAGCGUACAGCAGGCAAUGCUGUCACGCACCCCUUACCAACAUAUGGGUAUGCAGAACAUCAGAAAAGUAAGCGAAGAUGCUCAGCGUGCAUGUGAAACCGGCACGGGCUUGGUCAUCCAACCAGAUCCUGAAUAUGUCGGUGGUGAACUAGGGUUUGAAGUGGGAGACGUCGUACGCGAAGCACUGCACUUCAACCCGUAUCCAGCUAUGCUGGGCUGCGGUAUCCAAAAGGGCGGCUUCAGGAUUUGUGCAAGUUUCGAUACCAGCCUGGUUGAUGUUACACAGAUGGAACGGAUUCUUGCACAAGUAGAGACAGCGUGCUCGCAGCUGUUAAAGGAUCCUUCAAGAAGAAUCGGCGAGAUCUCCUGCGUGCCCGGCGAAGAACUGAACCAGAUAUGGCAGUGGAAUGAGACACCGCCGUUAUCUCUGGACGAGUUAACCGGUAAGCUUCGUGCGGGUUCAACAAUUAAGCAAGGAUCACAGUACCCUCGUGUUGUCGUGCCAUGGGUAUGCGACCCGCGAAACCCAUCUCGGCUGUCACCCAUUGGCUGUGUCGGUGAACUUUGGCUCGAAGGCGCUCUGCUUGCAGCCGAAACUGUUGAUUCUCCGGCCUGGCUUGUUGCUGGAAGUCCCGCUUUUGCUGGUCGUGUUGGACGAGUGCAAGCAACUGGCGAUAUGGUCCAGUUACGAGAAGAUGGCGGUCUGAUCUUUGUUGGCCGAAAGGAAAAUGUUGUAGGAGUUCAGGGACAUGCGGUUGAUAUUGCUGAUCUCGAGGCUCACCUCCACAAACAACUUCCAUCAAACGUUCGCGCCGCUGCUGCUGUAUCCCAGGCUCCCUCGGAAGAACCUGAGCUGGUUGUCCUUGUAGAGCAACAACCCUCCGGGGAAUCCAAUAUCACCCUUACAUCAGAGAAACAUGAUAUUCCUUUCAACUUGCCGGAUUCACAAAGCCCCGAAGCAAGAAUCAGUACUGUGAUUCCAGUGAGCCUCGGUUUGGCACUGAAGAAGCUCGACAAAUUCAUCCGCGACAACCUUCCAGCAUACAUGGCCCCAUCGGCCUAUGUCGUCGUUGACAAGCUUCCCACAGAGACAGGGCAAGUCGAUCACAGUUUCCUCAACCAAUUCGCCUCGAAAAUCCCUCGAGAUACGGUGGCUCAGAUACGUGAAUCCCUCGAAAGCGCAUGGAAGAACAUCAAUGCACAGUCCGAUCUUACAAGCAACGAAAGAAUUCUACGAAAUUCUUGGGCAGCAAUCUUGAAAAUCAGCACCGAGAAGAUCGAUCUUGACGAUAACUUCUUCCGCCUUGGUGGUGACUCCGUCCUAGCGAUGAAGCUGGUGUCGAGUCUGCGCGAGCAAGGACAUAAUCUGACUGUGGCCGACGUCUUCCAGCACAUGCGUCUUGGGGAUGCCGCUAAGAGAAUGAAGGUUGACAUAAGACCAAAGGGGAAGAAAAAGCAAACGUACAAGCCGUUCUCGACGCUAGAAGACUCCCAGGGCGUGGAACGCUUCUUGUCGGAGAUCAUCCGCCCCAAAUUAUUGGAUUCAAACUGGUCUAUUCGCGACGUAUGUCCCGUUACAGAUUCGCAAGUGCUGGAUAUCAAAGGAACCGUCAGCGAACCACGGACUUCUAUCCAGUAUACACUCUUACACUUCGACCGAGGUAUUGAUGCAGAGAGGCUUCUUCGCGCCUGUAACGACUUGGUCAAGACACAUGACAUCCUACGCACAGUCUUUAUCGAGCACGAGUCGGUUUUCCUUCAAGUUGUUUUGGAUGCGUUGGAUGCUCCUGUAACCAAGCAGCAAACGGACAAGGAUUUGGAACAAUAUGUUACCGAACUUUGCACAGCAGACAUUGAGUCACCUUUUCAACUCGGCUCACCAUUCCUCAAUUUCUUCCACAUCGAGGGAGCCGCAGGCCAGCACUCCCUGGUUCUUCGCCUAUCCCACGCCCAGUAUGACGGGAUAUCCCUACCCCGUCUCCUCCGUGAUCUCGAAACCCUCUACACUGGUCAAACCAUCACCGACUUCGAGCCCUUCCCCUCAUACAUCUCCCAAAUCCGUGACGGGUCUGCCCAAGACAAAGCAAUCUCCUACUGGCGCAACCUGCUCGGCGACUCCUCGCUCUCCGUGCUUCCGGGUAAAACAACCCCCCACAACCCAACAGACAAGGGCGUGUUCCACCACAAAGCCGUCGACACUCCAACCCAACCCUUCGAAGAAUUCACCACAGCCAGCCUCCUCACUGCGGCCUGGGCUGUACUUCUCUCCCGCCGCCUGCGCACAAGGGACGUCACCUUCGGCAGUGUCACGUCGGGCCGCAUCCUCGAACAUAUCGACAACACCGAGAACGUUAUCGGGCCUACUUACCAAUUCACUCCCAUCCGCGUCCCCUUCCAGGCUCAGCAGUCCUGGACCCCAACCGCCCUCCUCCAUUUUGUGCAGUCCCAGAGCGCGGAGUCAGCUGCGCAUGACUUCCUGGGCUUCGAUCGUAUUGCCAAAAACUGCACAGAGUGGCUGUCGUCUUCAUCUUCGUCUUCUGCGACCUUCUUCGACUCCAUGGUGCACCACCAGGACCAUGAAGACUUUGAUGCCAUGCCGUUCGCUGGUGGAGAGUGUAAGGUUGAUAUUUCCAACCCGCAUGGUGACGCUGCACACCCGGUUAAGGUUGUCUCAUUUGUGCGAAAGGGUGAGUUGCACUUCGGCGUUGUUGGCAGCGAGAGGGAUGUGGAGUUUGUGGAUGAGGUCUUGGAUCAGUUGGCGAGGACUGUUGAGGAGUUGGUUAGGGCCCCUGAAGAUGUUUUGGUUUUGGGUGAAUGA